AUGGAGGAAGAAUUGACUGGUGCGUUUGAUGUGGAACAUACUGUGAUGGACCUGGCCAGUGAAAUCAAUUAUACAGUUCAGGUCCAAACUCUCAAUGGAGCUGGUUUUAGUAAUUGGUCCGUAUCAGUGAAUGCAAAGACCAUCCUCUCAGGUGGUGAUAAUGGUUCCAGGAGAACACUAGGGGCUGUGAUAGGGGGUGUGAUAGUACCCCUCGUUAUUAUCGUAAUACUACUAAUUACUUUGGUGAUGUAUGGAAGGAUCAAACAAAGACGUUUAGAAGCUGAACGAGUCGCGUCCCCACCAAACAAUGCACGUGAGACCUCAUCUAAGCAUGAGAACCCUGUAUUUGAUGACUCCAACCAAGACCCCAAUACCUACGAAGGCCUGAAUGCUGAUACCCAUGCCUACCAAGAUCUAAAGAAACCCAACACCGAUGUUACCUAUCUGGAACCCAUAACAUCAGAUCCGGGAGACACUUACGAAGAAAUAUAGAGGCAGCCCUAGCGAGGCAGAGGCUUGGGUAUGGUGCCAGCAUUGAUACAUGCUGGAUCAACAAUGAUGAACAUGAUAUGUAAUGUAAUACACAGAGCUGGCAGUAUGAAACAUGGUGCUCAUACUACGAUAGUACACUAUUUCAAUUGAUGCAAG